AUGGGCGAGAGGAUCACGACCUGGUACGCUCCUCUCCGACGGUACCUCGAGGUUGGGAAUACGAGAGGGAUCGGUCGGGGAUGGGCGGGUUUGGCUGGUUUGACCAAAAGGCGCCAGACAACAGGCGUUGCGCCAGACUGGGGCGCCAACGGGGGCGCCAGCGGCCUGUUCAUCCAGUCAUUGCCAGCCGGUUUACCGGCGCCGCGAUCGGCUUUCGUCUCGUCCUCCAGCCGGCUAGCAGCAGCGCUGUACCUAUGGUGUCUGUCUACCUUUCUUUCACAUGAGAUGCCUGUCAUAAACCAAGUAUGGCUCUCCCAUGUCAGUCCCGAGUUGCGAUAUCCUGAAGAAGCAGAGAUGAUUUCCGAAUACUUCUCUGGCAACAUGGCCAAUGGAGACAUCCGAGAGUGA